AUGUCCGGUGUGCGGGUUGGAAGUCCCCAACGAGCUGAUUCGAUCUCGUCCCGAGCUGGCGGAGAAGCAGGUAGCGCUGGCGGAGAACUGUGUGUCGUCUGUGGCGACAAGGCCAGUGGUCGGCAUUACGGCGCCGUUUCUUGUGAAGGCUGUAAAGGCUUCUUCAAACGAUCCAUCAGAAAGCAGAUUGGUUACAUGUGCCGUGGAGCCAAGGAUUGUCCAGUCACAAAGUUCCAUCGCAAUCGAUGUCAAUAUUGUCGUCUGAAGAAGUGCCUUUCGAUGGGAAUGCGCAGUGAGUCUGUUCAAGCUGAACGGCGUCCUGUGCAGCAAAUCUGUGCCGACAGCCCUCCUACCAUGGUACAGAGUCACAACGCCUCAGCCAAUGCCACGGUUUUGGACUCCAAUCCGUUGAUGAACGGACUUUUGGCGAUUGUGAAGAAUGAGCACGAACAGCUCUUGGAAUGUGAUAAAGCGAUAAUGACCGCGAAAAAAGAGGAGGGAGCCAGUUCGCCGAUGAGUGCCAUGGCGAGGCCGAUGAGUGCCAGUCCUACCGUCGACUUCAGCGGCAAAAGGGAGUCCGUUGGGGAAGAUGAAUGCGGUAUCGAUGUGAUGACUGCAAUUGGUAUGGCGCCAUCCGAAUCACCGUCAUCUUCCGGAGCGGCUUCAUCGGUUAGCGAAGACGGACCCAUCUUCAAUGUUGAGCGGUGUCGAUUCGAGUUGCCCGUGCCACAUCCGCCUCCAGCCGAACUGAACAUUCAAUUCAUCUGUGAGACAGCCAGUAGAUUGUUGUUUUUAUCAGUACACUGGAUGAAGGACGCUCGAACAGGCUUGAAACCGUUUACACUGGAAUCUGUGAUGAAAACCAAAUGGUGCGAUUUGUUCGUGCUAGGAUUGAUGCAAUGUGCUGAGGAAGUCGGACUGUCAAGAAUGCUUGAAGCGAUGAACAGCCAUCUAGCUGCUUGCAGUCGAGUCGGACAACUGAAGCCGGACAAGUUUGAAGAAGUCAGCCAGCAGAUCAACUUUCUGCUGCUUCUGGUGAAUCGUUUCGCAGAAGCAAAACUCAGCCCCAUGGAGUUUGCUUAUCUGAAACUGGUCUCGUUCACUUCGAAUGACAUUCCAACUUCCACAUGUGCCAGUGACACGCGGCCUGUGAACGUGACUGCUUGCCAGGAGCUGUACGAACACGUGAUGGCCUCUUCUUCAAACGACGACUCAACUUCAGAAGACAAUGAGACUCACGUCACAGCGACAUCAGUCGGAGCGGCUAUCGAAAGGUACUCCCGGCUACUCCAGUUGCUGCCAAAUUUACGAUGGUUUCGCGAAUCGGUGCUUGUCGAGCUGUUCUUUUCCGGUCUAAUCGGGAACCUAUCAAUCGAGACGGUGAUACCGUUCGUGUUGAAGAUGGAUGUGAUGAACGUAUUUGAACCAUCCCAAGGCUCUGAUUCCAUCCUUCCUAGCGCUAGUUUGGCACGCAUACUUUCCGGAAACUAG